CUUCACAACUUGGCUCACUUCAGCUGAUUCACUAGUUAAGUUGAGCCAGCAGUGGAAAGAUAACAUUUCUCUCUCUCUCUUCUUCUCUUUAGUUUUGCCUUUGUUUUUCUUUUCAUUUUUUUUCAUUUCUUGUUCUCUGUUAAUUUAGUUUUUAAUAAAGAUUGAGUGUGUUUCAUUUACACCAAGCUAAUUUUUUUUACUCCAUAUUUGCUGCAAAUAACCUUAUUUGCCAGUGCAGUAGAAUCAUGGAGAACCAAGAUGGAUUUUUAACACCCAAUUGUGCCCAAUCUUCCCGCCGAGUUCGCCCUUCACCUUUACCACAAUUAAAUAUGAGUGAUCCUGCUGAAAUGUGGGAAUCAAUGAUCACAUCAGAUGAAAAUUAUCACCGUGAUCCUCACAUGCUUUCCAAACAUCCGCAUAUCACACCUCGAAUGAGAUCAAUUUUAUUGGACUGGUUAAGUGAAGUUAGUGAAUUGUUCAAGCUUCAUCGGGAAACGUACUAUUUUGCCCUUGACUUUGUUGAUCGUUAUUUAUCUGUUACAAAAGAUAUUCCCAGGCAGCAAUUGCAACUGAUUGGAAUAACCUGCCUUUUUAUCGCGGCCAAAAUUGAAGAAGUUUAUCCGCCGCCUGUGUCAAAUUGUUUCGAAGUUACCGAUGAUGCCUGCUUAGUAGAGGAAAUUAUCGCCAAAGAACUAGUCAUCAUGGAGAGUCUUAAAUGGAACUUACAUCCAAUUACAGUCAACAAAUGGCUUUCCAUUUUUAUGCAAAUUUACUCCAUUUUGGAGAAAGAAAACAAUGUCGAUCCUCAAUCUUUAUCUACUGGAGAAAAAUUCUUGAUGCCCAACUACAGUGGAACAUUUUUUUCUCAAGUCGCUCAUUUAGUGGAUCUGUGCAUGUUGGACUUUGGUUCUCUACAAUUCAAUUAUGAUGUUAUUGCUGCCUCAGCUUUUUAUCAUUUCACAAAUGAACACACUGUCUACUCUUGUACAAGAUUUAAGUAUUCCGAUAUAAGGGAAUGUGUAAUAUGGAUGACGCCAUUUGCAUUAGCAGUUCGCGAAACCGGAUUUACAGAGCCUAAGGUGCAAGUUGAACAUCCAUUUUGGUCCAACAUGAAAUACCAUACAGCUGAUUUAACAUUAUUGGAGCGAGCGCAUACGAAACAAGUAGAUCUGGCUGAAGAAGCUAGUUCAGAGUCAUCAUCAUCAAUGCCUCCUUCACCAGUUACUAGCAGUCCAUACGCUCAGUCCAAAAUAGGUCAAAAAAGGAAGCGAGAGACCUCACCGACAAUAAGAGUGCCAUCAUCUCCUAAAACUGCAUCUUCAAUUUCUUCAUCUUCAUCACCAACACCAUCAACAUCGUCUACAUUGACGCCAUCCUCUGUUUAUAACAAACAGAACAUUGGUUCAAAUAAAAGAAAACGAGAUCUCAACAAUAACAGAAGCAACUAUGAUGAUACUGAUGAUAGCAAUUGUGGGAACGAGAAAGAAGUUCAUUCUAGAGGCAAUGUUAAGCGAUGUAAUAAGAAAAGAAGAUCCAUUUCACCAUCUAAAAGCAGUUUUUAAAACCAAUCGCUUUCUAAGCCACUAUUAAAAACUUUUAUGCAUCCAUCAUCAAGUGAAUGGGAAAGCUUGGAAAUUCAGGCUUUCUUGCUUGUAUCCAUUCCUUAUUUAUACAACUCUAAUAUCCCCAGGUUUUCGCUUUAAUAGCCAACUGGAAUUACGGGAUAUUAUAAAUGCGUUUUUCAUUUUUAUUGUGCAAGUAUGAGAUCAACUUUUGACGAUUCCAUACCCUAGCAAAAACGUACUACAUCAAUCAAUUGUACUAAUCUUUCGAUACGAACAUGUUUCAUUUUUUUAUAAACUUCGGUUUAUUCUUCGACUAAUUCUAAUUAAAUUGUUUGUAGACUCUGUGAUUUUGAUCAAGUCAAAUCUUAAACUUAAUCAUCAAUGGACCAAUCAAUCAUGAAAUCAAUCCACAACCGAAACCUAUUUAAUUACAAUUAUUAAUUAAAGAU